ACACUUGGUUUUGCCAUGUUCCUGUCCCGGCAGGAUGAACUGAAAUUCAGCAUGGGAGCAGCAAAUGAAACAGCAGUUACUGAGUUCAUCCUAGAGGGUUUCCCAGGGCUUGAUCAAAGCCUGCAGCUGUUUCUCUCUGUGAUCCUUCUGCUCAUGUACCUGACAACAGUGACAGGGAAUGCAACCAUCAUUUUCCUCGUGUGUGUGGAUCACCACCUGCAAACCCCCAUGUACUUUUUCAUUACCAACCUGGCGUUCUGGUUUACAUCCUCCACAAGCAUCAAAUUGUUUGCCAUCCUGAGUUCUGAUAAGAAAACCAUCUCGCUGAGCAGCUGCUUUGCCCAAUCCUAUUUCUAUUUCGCCCUGGGCUGCACAGAGUUUGUCCUGCUUGUUGUCAUGGCCUUUGACCGCUGGGUUGCCAUCUGCCACCCCCUGCACUACGCUGCCACCAGGGAGCCUCAGCUCUGCCUCUGCCUGGCUGUUGCUGCCUGGCUCAUCGGCUUCACCCUCCUGAGCUACCGCCUGCUCUUCCUCUCUCAGCUGUCCUUCUGUGGCUCCAACAGGAUCCCCCAUUUCCUUUGUGACAACUCCCCCUUAUUCAAACUGUCCUGCUCUGACACCAGCCUGCUUUGGAAAAUAGACUCUGUUUUCUUAUCGUGGGUCGUGCUGGGUUCCUUCUGUUUAACUCUGGCAUUUUACACGUGCAUCCUUUGCUGUGUUCUGCAGCUUCCAGCAGCCUCUGGGAGGAAGAAAGCUUUUACCACCUGCUCUUCCCAUCUCAUCACCUUAUCCAUUGCAUAUGGGAGCUGCAUUGCUCUCUACGUGUGUCCUUCAGCAGAUGUUUCCUUGAAGACCAACAGAACUGUAGCUUUGCUGAACACAGUCCUGUACCCAUUCUUAAAUCCCUUCAUCUACAGCCUUAGGAACAAGGCUGUGAUACUGGCACUGAACAAAUCCAUUGCCAGUACAAUAACAAAGCUUUUCCCCUAAUCCUGAUGCAUUUCUGGACAUAAAUUCCAAGGAUCUGCUCUCAUCUGUUAAACAAUAGCAGGGCAUAUGUGUGUGACCUCCAAACACGGAU